GCAAUUUUCAAAUCAUGGUUAGAACGAGGCUUACUAUAAGAGAUGCAAUUAAAUACGUCCUAACUGUGAGGGAUACAUUUCAAGAUAAUCGUGAAAUAUAUGAUACAUUUCUGGUGGUCAUGAAGAACUUCAAAGCCAAAAGGAUUAGUCGUAGUAUUGUCAUAGCAAAGGUUAAAAAGCUCUUCAAAGGCAAGCGAGAGCUGAUUUUGGCUUUCAAUAAAUUCUUGCCGAAAGGGUACAAAAUAACAUUCAAGAGUGACGAAACUCCAGUAAAACGGUCUGUGUAUGCAGAAGCUAUUCGUUUUGUAAUCAAGGUCGAGAAAACGUUACAAGACGAUCGUGCAUACGGAUCUUUUUUGGAGAUCUUGCAAAUGCAUAGUCAAAACAAGAAGAGUGUUUCUGAGGUCUACAAUGAGGUGUAUGAUGGCCUUUUCCGAGACCAACCUGAGUUACGUAUGGAAUUUGCUUACUUUCUCCCUCAU